GCGGCCGGGCGCGCGGGGCUGCUGAUGCGAGUCGGCCGGGCCGCGCGCCGGGGCAGCGGGAGCCGCGCGCCGCGUCGCUGUAAUCGGACACCCGAGCGCUCGCCCCCCCGGCGCCGGGUCCGCUUUCCAUUCACUCCCAGGCGCUGGAUUGAGCGACGCGGAGCCCGGCUCCGGCUGCCACCGCACCGCAGCGCUGAGGAUUCCUUUACCCAGCAACUCCGAGGACCGGGAAGAAAGGAUCUCCCCGCCGGGUCGCCUCGGACCUGCGGGUCUUCUGGGGACAGGGCCGGAGACCCACGCGGGGCCAGCCCGGUAGCGCAUUGCUUUUCCCGUGCUGCUCUCUUCUCCCCCCGGUAUUUCUCUUGGAUGUUAACUUGAAAAUCUGAAGAAAUGGCAUUCCAGGCAAUCUGCAUGUUGGUUGGAGCAUUUGUUUGUUCUGCCUGUGUGAAAGGAUCUUCUCAGCCCCAAGCAAGGGUUUAUUUAACAUUUGAUGAGCUUCGAGAAACCAAGACCUCUGAAUACUUCAGCCUAUCUCACCACCCUUUAGACUAUAGGAUAUUAUUAAUGGAUGAAGAUCAGGACCGGAUAUAUGUGGGCAGCAAAGAUCACAUUCUUUCCUUGAAUAUUAACAAUAUAAGUCAAGAAGCUUUGAGUGUUUUCUGGCCAGCGUCUACAAUCAAAGUCGAAGAGUGCAAAAUGGCUGGCAAAGAUCCCACACAUGGUUGUGGGAACUUCGUCCGUGUAAUUCAGGCUUUCAACCGCACUCAUCUGUAUGUUUGUGGGAGUGGUGCUUUCAGCCCAGUCUGUACUUAUUUGAACAGAGGGAGGAGAUCAGAGGACCAAGUUUUCAUGAUUGACUCCAAGUGUGAAUCUGGAAAAGGACGCUGCUCUUUCAACCCCAAUGUGAACACAGUAUCUGUUAUGAUCAAUGAAGAACUUUUCUCUGGAAUGUAUAUAGAUUUUAUGGGGACAGAUGCUGCUAUUUUUCGAAGUUUAACUAAGAGGAAUGCAGUCAGAACUGAUCAACACAAUUCAAAAUGGCUAAGUGAGCCUAUGUUUGUGGAUGCACAUGUCAUCCCAGAUGGAACUGAUCCAAACGAUGCUAAGAUUUACUUUUUCUUCAAGGAGAAACUGACUGACAAUAGCAGAAGUACAAAACAGAUUCAUUCCAUGAUCGCUAGAAUAUGUCCUAACGACACGGGUGGACUGCGUAGCCUUGUCAACAAGUGGACUACCUUCCUGAAAGCGAGGCUGGUGUGCUCGGUAACUGAUGAAGAUGGCCCAGAAACACACUUCGAUGAAUUAGAGGAUGUAUUUCUGCUUGAAACUGAUAACCCAAGGACAACACUAGUGUAUGGCAUUUUUACAACAUCAAGCUCAGUUUUUAAAGGAUCAGCAGUGUGCGUGUAUCAUUUAUCUGAUAUACAGACUGUGUUUAAUGGUCCUUUUGCCCACAAAGAAGGGCCAAAUCAUCAGCUGAUUUCCUAUCAGGGUAGAAUUCCAUAUCCUCGCCCUGGAACUUGCCCAGGAGGAGCAUUUACACCCAAUAUGCGGACCACCAAGGAGUUCCCAGAUGAUGUUGUCACUUUCAUUCGGAACCACCCUCUCAUGUACAAUUCCAUCUACCCGAUCCACAAAAGGCCCUUGAUUGUCCGGAUAGGCACCGACUAUAAGUACACAAAGAUAGCUGUGGAUCGAGUGAAUGCUGCUGAUGGUAGAUACCAUGUCCUGUUUCUUGGAACAGACCGGGGCACUGUGCAGAAGGUGGUGGUUCUUCCGACGAACAGCUCUGCCAGCAGCGAGCUCAUUCUGGAGGAGCUGGAAGUGUUUAAGAAUCAUGUUCCUAUAACAACAAUGAAAAUUUCAUCUAAAAAGCAACAGUUGUAUGUGAGUUCCAACGCAGGCGUUUCCCAAGUGUCUCUGCAUCGCUGCCACAUCUACGGCACAGCCUGCGCCGACUGCUGCCUGGCCAGGGACCCUUACUGCGCCUGGGACGGCCAUUCCUGCUCUAGGUUCUACCCAACCGGGAAGCGGAGGAGCCGAAGACAAGAUGUGAGACAUGGCAACCCACUGACCCAAUGCAGAGGAUUUAAUCUCAAAGCAUAUAGAAAUGCAGCUGAAAUUGUUCAGUAUGGAGUCAAAAAUAACACCACUUUCCUUGAGUGUGCUCCCAAGUCUCCGCAGGCAUCUAUCAAGUGGCUGUUACAGAAAGACAAAGACCGGAGGAAAGAGGUCAAGCUGAAUGAACGCAUCAUAGCCACUUCCCAAGGACUCCUAAUCCGCUCCAUUCAGGAUUCUGACCAAGGACUGUAUCACUGCAUUGCCACGGAAAACAGCUUCAAGCAGACCAUCGCCAAGAUCAACUUUAAAGUUCUGAAUUCUGACAUGGUAGCUGUUGUAACAGACAAAUGGUCCCCAUGGACCUGGGCUAGCUCCGUGAGGGCUCUCUCUUUCCACCCGAAGGACCUCAUGGGGGCAUUCAGCCACUCUGAGAUGCAGAUGAUUAACCAGUACUGCAAAGACACUCGGCAGCAACAUCAACACGCAGAAGAAUCCCAAAAGAUGAGAGGGGAUUAUGGCAAGUUAAAGGCUCUCAUCAACAGCCGGAAAAGUAGAAACAGGAGGAACCAGUUGCCAGAGUCCUAAUGUUUUCUUACGUGGGGCGUAGGCUCCCCAGAGUCUUCAAUGGUCUGUCUGUCUUCAGAAAUCAAAUGUUGAACAAAGAAUCUUGUUCUUACCCACGGGAAAUUCCUGAGAAAGGUGAUUACACACUCCUAAAGUGAAUGUUACAUGAACUGAAACACGCAUGCAUUUUCUUGUAUGAUAGUGGCUAGCACUAGACAUGUCAUGAUCCUCAUGGUGCAUAUAAAUAUUUAAAUUAACCUAGAUUUUAUUUAUAUCUUUAUUUACCUUUUCUUCGAAUUAAGAUGGUGGUUAUAAAACUAGAAUUCUUACAUCCCUGCAUUGAACGAGGGCCAUAACCCUGUGGUCUUCCGGGAUCUCUAAGGUCACUGAUUUUGCAUAUGAAAACAAAUACCAAAGUCACAACUUUUACAUGGUCAAAGUCAUAUAAAUGCAUGUGACCGAGUAGCUGUCAGACUAGAAAAAAGACAAGGAAGAGGGCAUCUAAAAGUUACAUAAGAUAAAAGUAGUUCAUGAAGAGAUAAUGAGUGUAUAUGCUUCCAGUGAACUAUGUUGUUGGUUACUUUUAGCUUUGUAAAAAUUGUCAGUUGCUAAGAUCUGUCACUGACUUGUUGCCUUGUUUCCGGUAGAUAAAAUGAAUGACCCUCAUGACAAACAGCUUUGAUUGAAGUUAUGUCAGUGAAGCAUUUGUGUUUAUAUUCUUAUGUUAUCAUAUUCCAAACAAAAGCACUUUUUUGGGGGAGUCCUUUAAGUUAUUCUAGACUCAGAGACUAUAACCUAAUUCUGUUUUUAAUAGAUUGAGUUUGUUCUAAUUUGUUAGUCUGUGUGACAAAUUAGACAAUAUAAGAAUAAAACUAUUUUGAAAUAUCAAACUUGUAUAUGAGAGUUAAAACCAUCAAAAUGGAAUAAUAAGAAAAAACAAAGUAGAAAAUGCAAUUUU